AUGGGCGACAUGCCCACUAAAGACGUCAUCUACGCGCAACGCCCCGAAGGCAUGAAGACUAAGGUCUCAGAUGCCGAGUUCAUCCCAACCAGAAUUGUCGAAGCUCCUCUUCUUGGCACGAUGCCCAGAUCGAUUCAAACCCCCCGGAAUGAGAGCCCACCCACCAAUGCACCACGGGAGUGUAUAGAUCUCACCCUAGACGACAGCGACAGUGACAGCCACCCAGCACCGCCUUUUUUUACCACGAGAUACACUCACAAAGAGCCACGUGGGAUCCCGGCCGAGAAAACAUCGAAGGGAACACCAAUUGACCAAGGCACUGCUCAUCAUAAGAGAAAAAAUGAGGAUGAUCCUCGCGACUCAGGUGCUCAGAAGCAACGGAAGAGUGCAGAACCCCAGAGUCUAGGCAAUACUCCUCAAGCCCAUGCUACUCAACAGGCCCGCCCACGGUUUGGUGAUCUCCAAACAGGGGUUGUCGACUUGUCCAUCCAUUCAGACAAACUCAAAGACUUCCCUUGUGUACUUUCUUGGGCGAUCAAGAAAAAUGCUCGUGCCCAGGGAGUGUUCAAACUCACCUUGCUCAAUGGUCGAACACUUGGCCGAAGGGCCAUAGCUUGGCGCCCAAAGUCAUAUCUCGAGUAUUCGUGUAAGGCACUUGGAAAAGGAUUGUCGCGUGUUGAGCUCAAAUACACGAGGAACGCAUCCCUGAUAGGUGGCCGUAAUGUGCACUCUGAGCAUUUGCCAUCUGUAGCGGAAUUGAUCAAGAAGCAGGAGGAGCGGCUCGAAUCCAACUCACUUUCAGGACUUCGAUAUCGAGCCGGAAUCCCUAUCAGGUCCGAGGUUGAACGGGAGGGGAUGGGCCUCCCUACGACAAGUCCCAUUCACCCUUUGGACGGUAACCGCCUUGCUCAAACGCGACGCUGCAUCGAUGGUAUACAUACCCCACGAUGCUAUGAAACAGAUAUACUCGAAGGGACACCAUUCGUGAUGAGUUUGGAGGAAUGUAAUCUGUACUCGCUCCAUCUACUCUAUGAGGGGAGGAGAGUGUGGAUUUGUGUCUCCCCAGACGCCAAGGAAAAGUUUGAGGAGAGAAUACGCAAAGAGAUUGCGGAAAUGCGUGGUGAGGACGCUAAGACCUCGCAUUGCGGCCAGUUCGUUCGACAUGAACGACUCUAUUUCAGCAGAUCUCUGCUUGAGGAGUGGGGAAUAGCAUACACAAUUGUCGACCAGAAAGCCGGUGAGGUGGUGGUGACCCUUCCCGGAACAUACCACCAGGGCUUCACAGUAGGGCACACCAAGACCGAAUCAGUGAACUACGCGGACGAGGAGUGGGAACCUUCCAAGCUUCUGUGGUGCGAUGACAGUUGUGCCGAGUACUCUAUUGAUAUUCAAGAUAUGGAUAUCGACGUUGUCGGUGCUAGAGUUCCAGAGGCCUCCAUCGACAGGAGAGGGGGUGUGCAUUGCGCAGAUCCGCAUCAGCCCAGAAACAAGAACAGACAGCAACCUGCCAUAGAAACGAAUCUCGGCAGAUCGCUUACUCCAUACGGCCAGAAGCUUGUGUGGGCCUUCACGGGCAAUGAAUUGGAGCUUGGCACAGAUAAUCACUUAGAUCUUGACAGUAUCACGAAGGCGCGGGUUCUGCAGCUGAUCAUGCAGUGCGAGUGGCCUGGCCACGGCGAUGAUAUCACAACAAUAAGCUGCGCCGCUGGCGUGGCGGAACUUUUCGCCUCUGUCGCGUGUAUUAAAAAGGUCCGGCGGAUGGCGGAUGGAUUAGAGUUAGUCGUAAACUCAUGCUUGCGGCUGGGAAAUGCCCAUCAGCGAGCGUUGGAAAAGCUUGCAAAAACCCAUCGCCGCCCAACCGAUUACUUUAAUAAACUCCUAAGGCAAGGCGUGGUUCUCGAACAGAUGGCAGAUGAGCUUGGCAUGCACAUUCUCUUGACACUCCCGAUCGAAAGAGUAGUGGCGAGAAACUUUGCACUCGCUGUGGACGAUGGCGUAGACGAUCCCGUGUUCAGCCAAGCCAUCAAAGCGUCGCUCUAUCAUGAACUUGACCACGGCGCUGCGCAAUACUUUAUAGAACACUUCCCUGCUCUUCGCCCGCAUCUGAUGGAUUCACAAAGUCUGCACCCCGAAGUCGAAGAUCUGAUGGGGAUCGUGGGGAUUGAGCCAUGGGCCCGUAUCGAGAUAUCGAUAGCGAUGGAGGAGCGUCGGGAAACGAAGGAGAGCAAGGUAAUUAGGUAG